GAUUCAAAAGUAUCGACAAAGACAACCCACUUUGUUUUCCAAAGUAUUUUUCUUCACAGUUGUUCAAAAAUCUCUCAAUAAAGAUCAGAUUUUUCAAGAAUCCCACCAUGAAAAAUCCAAACCCAGAACCCAAUUUCAGUUUAAAUCAUCGAAAUCUUCAUAAACAGAGUAGUAGUCAUUUAUCAAUGUCGGAUACAGAGUCACAGGUCAGUCAAAUUGAUUCUUUCCAUUCACCACUUCGAUCCGAGUCGCCAUUACGUUCUGAUGAUCCUUUCCCUGAACCCCAAAACUCCAAAUCACCUUCAAAGGCAAUCGUUGCAGUAGACAAGUACUUUUCCCCAAUCAGAUCAUCGCAUAAACUUUCGUCGGAAAAUUUGAGUUCGCCGGCGACUCCACCGCCGGCGGUGGAAAGGAGGUCGCCGCUGGUUUAUGUAAGUAGGGCGGUUAGGGAGGAUAUGGCACCUGGGGUGACGAAGGUGGGUCCGGUACGUGGUGGUGGUGCUGACGUGGAAGGGGGAGAAGUUGGAGGUGAGAAGCGGUCGAGGGCGGCUGUUGAGUCGAUUCUUGAAAGGUCGCAAAGGGAUGUUAUGAUGAACAGGGUGGCGUUAGGGUUUAGGGUUUGUGAGGUCAUUUUUUGCUUGAUUUCGUUUUCGGUUAUGGCAGCUGAUAAAACUCAAGGUUGGACUGGUGAUUCAUUUGAUCGUUACAAAGAAUACAGGUAUUUGGUAGCUGUUAAUGUUAUUGGAUUUGCAUAUGCUGGAUUUCAAGCAUUUGAUCUAGCACUAAGUUUGGCAACUGGGAAACACUUCCUCUCUUACCAUAUGCGAUAUCAUUUCAAUUUCUCAAUGGAUCAGAUACUGGCAUAUCUUAUUAUGUCUGCAUCAUCUUCUUCUGCAACGAGGGUAGACGACUGGGCAACAAAUUGGGGAAAAGAUGCAUUCACAGAAAUGGCAAGUGCAUCAAUCGCGAUGUCUUUCCUGGCUUUCAUUGCUUUUGCCUUCAGCUCUAUCAUAUCUGGUUAUAGCCUCUGCAACCGUAGUUCCUCGUGAUCUUGAAAUGAGUUACAACUAUAUUCAUCCAUUGUGUAAUUUUGAGAAAUUACUGCAAGAAAUAUUUAUGCCUAGUGGAUCAGAAGUUGUACAGAUGUAGUAAAUAGAUUUAGCUGUAUAAUAAUCUCUUUUUUUCCCCACUCCUACUGCAGAGGAAUAAAGUAUACAAAUCCGGUUGAGCAAAUUGUAUUGUAGAGUACGUGAAAAAAAUAACGUCAAAUAUGCAUAUAUUCUUAUGGAUAUGGUAUAUGUUAAAUCUAUAUGAUGUAUUGAACAGUGUGAAUGUGAAACAUUUUCAUUAAGAGA